GUUCGCCGACCCCAUCGCCUUCAUCUCUCGCAUCGAACGCGAGGCUUCAGGCUUCGGAAUUUGUAAGAUCAUCCCUCCUCUCCCCAAACCCUCGAAGAAAUUCGUCGUCAGUAACCUCACCCGCUCCCUCGCGCCCGACCCCUCGUCCACCCGCUUCACUACCCGCCACCAGGAGCUCGGCACUAGGAAGGCGCAGGCUCAUCGCCACAAGCAGCAGGUAUGGCAGAGUGGGGAGUUUUAUACGCUUGAGCAGUUUGAAUCAAAGUCGAAAACUUUUCAGAAAUCGCAGCUUUCUGGGUUUAAGGAAGUGACCCCAUUGCUUAUUGAGUCCCUGUUUUGGAAAGCUGCGGCUGAGAAGCCGAUUUACGUGGAGUAUGCCAAUGAUGUGCCAGGGUCGGGGUUUGCGGUGCCCGAGGAGCCGUUCUUGCAUCGGAAAAGACGGAGAAAGUUUGUGGAGCAGGCAAAGAGUUCUGUUGAGGAGGGAACAUCAGGGUGGAAGCUUUCAAAUAGUCCAUGGAAUUUGCAGGUUAUUGCACGGGCACCCGGGUCGCUUACCCGGUUCAUGCCCGAUGAGGUCCCUGGGGUUACUUCGCCUAUGGUUUAUAUUGGGAUGUUGUUUAGUUGGUUUGCCUGGCAUAUAGAGGAUCAUGAGCUUCACAGCUUGAAUUUCUUGCAUAUGGGUGCGCCCAAGACUUGGUAUGCCGUGCCGGGAGAGUAUGCUAGCACGAUGGAGGACGUUGUAAGAGUGGAGGGGUAUGGAGGAGAUCUUGAUCGGUUAGAGGCAUUUACGAUCUUGGGUGAGAAGACAACGUUGUUGUCGCCAGAAGUGAUUGUCAAUGCAGGGGUUCCUUGUUGCAGAUUAGUACAGAAUCCUGGUGAAUUUGUUGUGACAUUUCCUAGAGCUUAUCAUGUCGGGUUCAGCCAUGGAUUCAAUUGUGGAGAAGCUGCUAACUUUGCAACUCCGCAAUGGUUAAAAGUGGCAAAAGAAGCUGCAGUUCGAAGAGCUGCCAUGAAUCACCUUCCCAUGCUCUCUCAUCAACAGCUGCUAUACAUGCUAACUGUGUCUUUCAUCUCUAGAGUUCCGAGAGCACUACUCUCUGGGGUAAGGAGUUCACGUCUUUCAGACCGGAAGAGAGAAGAAAGAGAAAUUCUCGUCAAGAAAGCAUUCCUCAAAGAUAUGAUGAAUGAAAACAAUCUGAUCUGUACUCUCCUGCAGAAGGACUCUACUUCUCAUGCAGUCCUCUGGGAACCUGACCUGCUGCCUAACCCAUAUACUGUUACCCAGUCGUCAUCCUCAUCAUUAUCUACUGGAGUUCAGGGAGCAGCAGUUAGUGAUGAUGAACAGGGGGGUAUGAGACCAUGGAAACAUAAAGAUCGUGAGUCAUCAAAGGAUGAAGAAAAUCCAUCUAGGGAGCUGACUGCUACUCCAACUAGCAUAUGGUGUCACACUCGGGCUAAAAAACACAAGGAUACUUCUGAUGCUGAUAGCAUUUCUAAUGCGGAACUGCUGGAAAUCCUAGAUGCUGAAGAGGAUGACCUGCCUUUUGGUUUGAAAAUUGAUUCAGGAACAUUGAUGUGUGUUGCUUGUGGAAUCCUUGGUUAUCCAUUUAUGGCAGUGGUGAAGCCUUAUGGAGCAGCCACGAAGGAGUUGUUUUCUGUUUUCACUGAGUCUGAUGAGAAAGUGGGGAAACCAAGAUGUGCUUCAUCACACUUGCCCAGGAUACAUAAGAUUGGACAAGAAAAGCUUUAUGUUGAAUUUUCCUAUGGUCCAGAGGGAAGCUGCAAUAUUUCAACGGUACAAGAAAACCCAGAUUCAAGCUGCAAGGUGUCUCCAGAACAAAGCAAUCAUGUCUUUUUUUUAGAAAGCAUGGGUGCAAAAGACGGCUUUAAUUUGCUGAAUGAAAGCGGGCCUCUUUCUGAAAUUCAUAGCCCCCAUGGUGUACCAUUAGAAAGAAGUACUGAUGAACACACGAAGUGGACUUCAUCUAAUGAAUUUAGUAGACCGCGGAUCUUCUGUUUGCAACAUGCUAUUGAGGUAGAGAGGUUAUUGCGCGACAAGGGUGGUGCGCAUGUGCUGAUUAUAUGUCAUUCAGACUACAUCAAGAUAAAAGCUUACAUUCCAUCAAUCGCUGAAGAAAUCGGCAUGGAAUUCAACAUCAUGGAUGUUCCUCUUGAGAGUGCAUCUCCAGAAGAUCUGAAUCUUAUCAACAUCUCCAUUGAUGAUGGUGAACAUGAAGAGCAUGGUGAAAAUUGGACAUCAAAACUGGGAGUUAGCUUACGACAUUGCAUGAAGUUCAGAAAGCAAUCAACAUCAAAGCAAGAGCAGCUAACAUUAGCUUUGGACAGAAUAUUUUCUGAUCCCUUCUCUCUUUCAGAUUUUUCAACUCUCAAGUGGCACUCUAGAAGAUCGCGUACUCCACACAAGGUAGUUGGUGUGACCAUUGGAAAAUCAUAUAUUGACAAAAACCUGGAGAAAAGAAAUGACACCGCUAGCAAGCAUCAUGGCUGCACUGACAUCCAAAAAGAUAUUGGCAGUCAUAAUAGAAGUUUAGUUGUUAGCGCCAAGGAUGAUCAUAGUACAGUUGCGCAUGUGCCCUAUCUGACUGAGAAUUUUGAAGAUGAUCAUACUGAAGACUUGUUUACUGUUCCUAUAUCUGCUGCUGAAAAUCUUCAACAUCAAGUUAGCUGGUUUCCUCUGGAAGUUAGUAGAGCUGACGACAUUACAGAUUCAGAGAGCUACGAAAUAUGUCAUCCUUGUACAGAGUAUGGGAGAUUAGAUGUACAUCAAGAGACAAACUCUUUAGUGGAAUUUCUCAUUCAUAAAGGUCAUGAUUCUGAAAACCCUGAGUCUCAGCCAAAUCUUCUUCAAUCAGACGCCAUGGAUUCAGAAGUUCAGCAAGAGAUCGAAUCCUUUGAUGAGUUUGAUUCUAAUCACGAGGCUUACAGCAAUGUAGAUUCAGGUAGCUUGCAUACUUCUCAGAGAGAUGUUGCCUAUACAACUCAUCUCCGAGAUGAUGCUGAAUUAGAAGUGUUAUCACGUGAUAAUGCUGAUUUAGAUGCAUCAAUUUCAGAUGAAUCUAACAUGGAAACGAAUGUUUUUCAUUCUUCAAAGUCAGAGCAGCUUAUCAGGAAUCGAUCUACAGUAGAAAGUUUGGGCAUGCAGGAUAAGGAGUUUCAAAAAGUUCAACUUUCUGUCGAAGAGGUGUCUAAUAUAGGGUGCAGUGUUGAUAAUUCUUCUGUAUCAGCUGAGCAGACUGUCAAUAAUCUGUCUACUAUGGACGCGUUCACCAUGCAGGGAAAGGAGACUCCACAAUUAGAUGUGCCUAUAACAGAGGAGCCUAAGUUAGAAAGCUGUGUUGAUUCUUUGAUAUCAGGAAAGCAGUUUGUCAAUGAUUUGUUUACAGUAGAGGAAAAUAGGGAGAAAGUAAGUGAUGGUCAUUCCAAUAGAUUGGAAGGGUUGCUUGUUAGUAAUCCCUCUCUUCUAGAUACUGCUGCAAUGCAGCAAAAGGUGAUUUCAUCUGCAGUAAACAAUUUGCAGAGAGAGGUCGGUGAUGUUCAAAUCCGGCAAGUUAGUGAUGCUUCUAGGGCUCUAUGUUCUGAACUGCAGCAAGAAAUUUCUGCAGAUGGAAGUAAAACAAACAAUAUAGCAGUGGAUAAUAGCUCAGUGAAUUCAUCAAAUCUCAUUGGUGUUUCUGUGGCUAGAAGUUCUGAAGUCCAGGAAUCUGUUAAGAAUAAAGAGCAUGCUGUUGAAGGCUGUAAUAAAAAACUUACUGCAAAUGUUAUACACUAUGUGAGACGAAGAACCAAAAGAAAGAAAGAAGAUCAAAAAGAAGAAAGUCCUCCCAAGCGUAAUAAAACCUUGACCUGCACUUACACAGAAGAAAAGUCUCUUGCAGAAGGCAAACAGAGUUCUAAUGGCAACUUUAUUCGUAGCCCCUGUGAGGGCUUACGGUCAAGAAUGAGACAAGCAAGUACGACACCAGUAAAGAUGGACAUUCUAACAGUGGAGCAUAAUGGGGAAACAUCUAAAAUAAAAAGAGGACUAAACAAAGCCAAGCUCGAGGAGUCCUACAAGUGUGAUAUUGAGAGUUGCUUCUCGAAAUUUCAUAGGAAGUCAGAUUUGAGACUUCACAUGCAAAACCGAUGUAUAUACAGAGAGUGUAGAAAACUGUUCAAGUCCCACAAGGAUUUGAUGAAGCACCAGAGAGUCCAUAAUGAGGAUAGACCCCUGAAAUGUCCAUGGAAAGAUUGCAAAAUGUCAUUCAAGUGGGAGUGGGCAAGAACAGAGCACCUCAGGAUUCACACAGGAGAGAGGCCUUAUCGGUGCACAGAAUGUGAGUUGACGUUUAGAUAUGUGUCUGCUUUUAGCAGGCACAGAAGAAAGACUGGUCAUUAUGCAAAAAACAACUAACCCUUGGUUUUGUUUUUUCGUGCCCCUAACUCUUUGUAAUUUUCAGUGUUUUUUUGACGCUGUCUUAGCUAGGUUGGGAGAAAAAAGGGUUGAUUGAAUUUAAAUUUGAGGAUCUUGGUUUCUGUUGAAAUGCUGAAGAUGGAAAGAUAAGGUGUACAUGUAGAUUUCAGAGA